AUGAGGAUCACAUGUCUCCUCCUCCUCUGCGUUCACGGGAUUGUGGCUCAGCAGUAUGACGUCCCCCCACAGUACGAGUUUUCUACAGAACCUCCGUAUUUCUACGAAUAUGAUGAACACUCGUUGGGCGCAGCAGCAGCCGCAGACGGGAUUCCAUGUUCUGACCCAACCGGACCUCCACCAGUCCCAGGACAACUACGCUCCACAGCAGUUCAUUCCACAACAGCAGCAGCAGAGCCAGCAGGAGGUCCCAUCCCGUCCCCACCUUUGAUACGUAUCAGACAGAACCCACAGAGCCCGGCCCCUUAGAUUGCCGUGAAGAGCAGUACCCGUGUACCCGCCUCUACUCCGUCCACAAACCCUGCAAGCAGUGCCUCCAAGGGAUCUGCCUGUACAGUCUGCGGCGCAUGUAUGUAAUCAACAAGGAGAUCUGCACACGCCUGGUGUGCCAACACGACGAGCUACUGAGAGCUGACUUCUGCAGAGACAAGUUCUCCGUUGCCCCGUCUUUGCCGCCAGCGGGAACUGCCAGUCGAUCGGAUCUCAGUGCAGCAAGAGCUGCGGCAGCUGCUAG